CCUCUGCACACAUGGCUGGGAUUUAACUCAGGGAGAGAUGUUGUUGUAAGGAAUUCCCCUUUAGAAGAUUUCUGACAGGGGUUCCCCAGCUUGUCUGGAUGAAUGAGCACCUUUCCGAGUCACAUAAGCUCCUCCUCGAUUCCCACACAGUCACACUCCGAAGUGCACACAGAUGAGAGUUUUUCAGCUGAGCCCUAGAGGAGGCACUGAGCCACUACGCAAGGACUUCUGGAAGCACACAGCAAAGCAAAGCAAAGAGAAGGGAAGGGAAGCUGGUGGUUGGCAGCCCAGCCUUUGUCCCGGAUUCAAAACUGGAUGGUGCUUUGAUGGAGCCACCCAUGGGGAAGAAAGUUCUUUCCUAAUGCUCAAGGACUUGGAGAGAAACCCAAGAGCAGCUUGCAGCUGGCUCUGUUUGUGGCCUGGAGGCUCUUCCUUGUUAAAUGAAACCACUUGAGGAAUAUGAGAUUUCCUACUGGAGAGGGAGGGAGGAUGCCAAGCUGGGUGAGAAGAGAGUAAGACGGAUUUUAAUUCUUCUUCAGUGUGGCUUGCACUAAGAGCACACUGGGGAGGGGGUGAGAGUGCUGGAGUAAAUGGAAGUGGGAGGAGGAGUGACACAGGAACUGAUGCCAGCUGCCAAGAUGACAGAGACCCUCCAGCUCCCAGCACUUCAGGUCCCAGAGCCACAGGUGGUGGAGUGUGCCCAUGCCUGGUCCAGUUCCUCCACCCCGACCCUGCGCCGAAGGCGGUUCAGGAUGAGGCGCAUGAGGAACGUUCAAGAGCCAAGCCUAGAGACUGCACCCUCCUCUAAUAAGGAUUUCCUACAACUUCCCUCCAUUGAAAUCACUCCUUCGAGUGAUGAGGACACCCCCUGGUCAAACUGCUCCACGCCCAGCGCCUCUCCACGACGCAAGCGCUUCCUCCUUCGCAAGUGGCUGAAUGUCAGGGAGAAGAAGGAGUACAGUGAGAGCAGCAGCCAACAAAGCAGCCAACAGAGCAGCCAUGAUGAUGAUGCAUCCCGAUUCCUGAGCCCCCGAAUGCAUGACGACAGCACUGCCAGUAACUCAAACCGCAGCACUCCUGCCUGCUCCCCUAUCCUGCGCAAACGCUCCCGGUCUCCAACACCACAGGACCCUCAAGGAGACACCAUGGUGGAGAAAGGUUCGGACCAUUCUUCAGACAAAUCCCCUUCAACACCAGAGCAAGGUGUGCAGCGUAGUUGUUCCUCCCAAUCGGGUCGUAGUGGGGCCAAGAAUUCCAAAUAUGACCGAUUAAACCUAAUCAAAAAAAGCCAGAGUUGGUACAAUGUGCUGAGUCCAACCUACAAGCAGCGGAAUGAAGACUUCAGGAAACUCUUCAAACAGCUUCCCGACACAGAGCGCCUCAUAGUUGAUUACUCCUGUGCACUUCAAAGAGACAUUCUCCUGCAGGGCCGACUCUACCUCUCUGAAAACUGGAUAUGCUUCUACAGCAACAUUUUCCGUUGGGAAACAUUGUUGACAGUCCGUUUGAAGGACAUCUGCUCCAUGACCAAGGAAAAAACUGCACGGCUCAUUCCUAAUGCUAUCCAAGUUUGCACUGACACUGAAAAGCACUUUUUCACUUCCUUUGGUGCCCGAGACAGAACGUACAUGAUGAUGUUCAGGCUCUGGCAGAAUGCCCUCCUUGAAAAGCCCCUGUGUCCAAAGGAACUCUGGCACUUUGUCCACCAGUGUUAUGGUAAUGAAUUAGGGUUGACAAGUGAUGAUGAAGACUAUGUGCCACCUGAUGAGGAUUUCAACACGAUGGGCUACUGUGAGGAGAUCCCAGUGGAAGAAAAUGAAGUGAAUGAUAGCUCCUCAAAAAGCAGUGUGGACAUCAAACCUGAGUCAAGCCCCCAGCUCCCCAAGAAGUCUGUCACCAACAUCAGCACAUUCACACCUACAGGAGGCAAUGAGGCUCCAGUCCCGUAUGAAGGAGUAGUUCCUGAGGAAGAGGAAGUUGUGGUCAUCCCUACAGAGAAAGACCUGACAAUUGCAAACCUCCUAGCAGACAAGAUAGAAAUCAUUGCUCCCGUGAAUUCCCCAUCCUUGGACUUCAAUGACAAUGAGGACAUUCCAACUGAGCUCAGCGAUUCCUCAGAAACUCAUGACGAAGGUGCAUGGCUGGAAACUGCAGGAGAAGUGCAGGCUUUUUAUGAUGACUUGAAUGGACGGCAGUACAUGAAUGAAGUCUUCAACUUUAGUGUGGAUAAGCUGUACGACUUGCUCUUCACCGACUCCCAAUUUCUGAGGGACUUCAUGGAGCAGCGGCGGUUCUCUGAUGUUGUCUUUCAUCCAUGGAAGAAGGAUGACACUGGCAAUCAGAGUAGAGUUAUCCUCUACACCAUCACGCUCACCAACCCUCUGGCCCCCAAAACUGCCACUGUCACUGAAACUCAGACAAUGUACAAAGCAAGCCAAGAAAGUGAGUGCUACGUGAUAGAUGCAGAGGUGCUAACUCAUGAUGUUCCCUACCACGAUUAUUUCUACACGAUUAAUCGUUACACAUUAACACGUGUUGCCAGAAACAAAUGCCGACUCAGGGUUUCUACAGAGCUACGAUAUAGAAAACAGCCGUGGGGGCUAGUGAAAUCCUUUAUUGAGAAGAACUUUUGGAGUGGCCUAGAUGAUUAUUUUCGACAUUUAGAGAGUGAAUUGACCAAAACAGAGAGCACCUACUUAGCAGAGCUUCACAGACAAUCCCCCAAAGAGAAGGCAAGCAAGCAAUCGACGGUUCGCCGGAGGAAACGGCCUCACACUCACCUGCGGGGUCCUCACCUGGAGGAGGUGCUGAGCCCCGUAACCACCCCAACAGAUGAGGAAGCUGUAAGUCGAAUCAAGCGGGUGGCAGGUUCCACUCAAACACGGCACAUCCCUGAGGAAAGUCCUGGCGGCUUCCACCUGCAGAGCGUCUCCAAAUUGCUGCUCAUUAUCAGUUGUGUGAUUUGUUUCAGUCUGGUGCUUUUGGUAAUCCUCAACAUGAUGCUGUUCUACAAACUCUGGAUGUUGGAGUACACCACCCAAACCCUCACAGCAUGGCAGGGCCUGCGGUUACAAGAAAGGUUACCCCAAUCCCAGACAGAAUGGGCCCAGUUAUUAGAGUCCCAACAGAAAUAUCAUGACACAGAGCUCCAGAAAUGGAGAGAGAUCAUCAAGUCAUCUGUGCUCCUACUAGAUCAGAUGAAGGACUCACUAAUAAACCUUCAGAAUGGUAUUGGGUCUCGUGAAUAUCAGUCAGAGCCGGAUGAGAAACGGAAACGGUUCUACUAGCAGGCAGGGACGCAAGUGGCCAGAGGAUUGUGUGCAAUAUGUGUACA